CGGCUUUAGCUUUUGGGUUAGCUCACUCCGACAGAUACAGACACACCGAGAGAUAGGAGGGAAGGUGAGAGAGCCACUCUUAUCAGCAGCGGCAUCGACAAAUCGAAGACAAAACAAAAGCCGUCAUUAAUCCCGCAGAGAAAGUCGAGCGCAUCGCUUAUCGCACGGAAUGCUGCCGCUGCUCUUGAUUAUUGCGACUCUCGCCAGGAUCGACGCCCACUACACGAGCGGGGAUGUGGUCUAUCACUCGAUGCCGCACUUCUGGACGGGCGUGGGCUUCUGUCCCGCCGGCCGGAUCGAUCACGAGGGGAUUAGCACCGCCCUGGGCGAUCCCGCCCUCCGGAUCAAUCUCCGCCAGAUUUCCGCACUGCCCGUGGGCGCGGUGACCCAUAUUCGCAUUCACUGGCUGCUUGAGCUGGUCCAAUUCUUGCAGUACGACCCCAGUGGAAUUCCGAUUUAUGAUUUCUCCAAGUUCGAUGAUUUCAUUGAUUUCCUGCACGAGGAACUGCGCCUGUCUCCGGUUAUGGAGUGGAUGGGCAAUCUGGGUGGGGUCUUUUUGGAAAACCCUUUGCACCAAGCUUUCUACUGGGAGCACUUGGUUAAAGCCACGGUCAACCACCAGUUGGCGCGACAUGGGUCCUCCAGAUUAGCUAACUGGCGCUACGAAACUUGGAAUGAACCCGACCUUCGUGGGUACAACAAGCUGAAUUUUACGGAUCUGUCCUACCUGGAUUACGUCCAAGCUGUGCGUCGUGGUCUAAGUAAAGCUGGAAACGUGGACGCCCAAGAUGGCAAGCUCCAGCUUCCCAUGUAUCGAUCUUUGCGAGGUCCUGCGGGUCUCUUUAAGGACCCCAACAACCAUCCGCUCUGCUGGAAGCUGUUGGAGCUAUGUAGCCAAAGAGUUGUAUAUUGUCCCAUAGAUGUACUCACUUUUCAUCGAAAGGGAGUCGAAGGAACUGCAACGGAGAUCGUAAAUGGUUCGCUAUCCUUGAUGGCAAAAAUCUACGAGGAGUAUCCCAAUCUCAAGCAACUUCCGGUGGCCAAUGAUGAAUCAGAUCCUGUGGCUGGUUGGAGUACUCCACGAGAGUUUCAGGCGGAUGUUCGCUAUGGAGUUACCCUGAUUUCCACGGUGAUGCAGUUUUGGCAUGCCAGGCUAGCCGCCGGUCCUCUUAGCAGUUUGGAGUCGAUUAGUCAUGAUAACGCUUUCCUGAGCUACCAUCCCCACGAGUUCACGCAGCGCACGCUGCUUGCCCACUUUCGGAUGAACGAGACUAACCCGCCGCACUCGCAGUUCAUCCAGAAACCAGUCUAUGCUGCUAUGGGAAUGCUGGCGAAGUUGGGCAACCGAGCUGCGGCUGUGGAACUGGUCAACAUGGAUACCAAGCACAGCGUAGAGGUCUUGCGUACCGUGUCUGGUGGAGUGAGCGGUCCUGGACAGUACAUGGCCACUAUAUUCCUGAGUCCCGAGGAGGCGGGACCAAAGAGGACGGCCUUCCAUCAUAAGUACACGCUGAACAUGUCGAUAGCAAAUGAGUCUGCGUUUGUCACGGAGCUUCUGGUGCCACAGACCACAGAUCCGUACUACUUGUGGCAGCAGGCGGGAAGUCCAGCGUAUCCCAACGUAACUCUAAGGGAAGCCAUGCGAAGGGCUCAGACUCCUAAGCUCUACAAGACGGGACCCAUCUGGCAGUAUAACAGCGAGCUAGUAAUCAACUCCGCCAGCAUCCCUCUGCCCUGGGCGAUGCUGCUCCGAGUGUGUUCCGCAUCGUGGCCCAAGCUGCGCCGGCCGCAGCAACUCUCGAUCGCGGAGGUAACCCAUCGCGAAGUCUUUAUCAGCUGGAUGGAGCACCCUAAAUCCACGCAGUGCCUUCUUAGCUACGAGGUGUGGUUCAAGGAACGCGACAACCUGGGCCACUCCGCCGACUGGCUGCUCAUCUCCCGCGGCUGGCACCUGCCAUAUCCGUCUUUUCAGUAUGCGCCCGGAGACAAGGGAUCCGUCAAUGGUUUCUACAAAGUUCGUGGGGUGGAUGUGUUUAAUGAAACCAGCCCUUACUCACAAAUAGUCGAAUAUCUGGAGUUGUAGUUCAACAAGCAGUUUAUGAAUCAAAUGAACAUAUUUAGGCAAUGUGAAAGCAAACAUAAUCAGGUUUCGGCUUGGCGCUUGUGAACCCCUCCUACUCUCUAUCUGUCUCUCUUGGAAUGGACUGACUUCACCGGCACAAUCUUCUGGACUUGCGCCUUCGCCUUAACGCCGGCAAUAUCAUAUAUACAUUAUAUAUAUAAAUAGAUAUACAUAUAUAGUACAUUAUCUGUGUUGUGUUCGUAAUAUAUAAAUGCCUUUAUCCUGCGACGGAAUCGGCUAAAGCGUA